UCCUAAUGUUAGUAGGACGAAUCUAGUUUUUUUAAAAGCGUUGUCCAGGGUAUGGGUGCUUUUACGUGUUUUUAGGUUAUUUUGUAUCCAUAUCCGUAUCCGAGUUUAUCCUCUUGUACUCCUGCUUUUUUCAUUGAUUUUUGGGGUUUCCCCCAAUAUUACUAAACUUAAGCUAAUUUCCAAAAAAAGUGACAACAUUUAUAUUUGAACAAAAAUGUGACCAAGAUGCUUAUUCAUUUCACUACACCACUCCCAUGUCACUGUCAGAUGUCAUUGUCGUGGCCAUCGCCCGUGUCACUGCCGCCGCCAUUGCCAAGGUCACCACCGCCACCACAGCCGCCAGCCACAGUGAUACCUCUGUAGUGACAUCUCCGCAGCGACAUCUCCACCCCAAAUUUUGGUCAUAAUGACACGAACACAUUGACAUCCACCACCACCUCCGUCCGGUGACCACCGUCGACAACAGUAACACCAACCAUAGUGAUGUCGCUACAAUGACGUCGCCACAGUGACACCACCCCCAACAACAACACUAUGACUUUCUAGCUACACAGUUCAAGCCGCCACUGCCACCCCUACCCGUCCCCCACCGCCACUGCCAUGUCCAUUGCUGCCGCCCCUGCACCGUCCACCACCACCGCCCGUGCCACGUCCACAGCCGUCACCUUUGCCCCGUCCAUCGAUGACGCUCUUGCCUUGUCCCAACCUAUCAAAGCCCACACACUAGCUCCCCAGCCCCCAGCCCCACUCCCAUCCAUUAUCCCUGCACACCAGAUCCCCACUCAGCCCCCACUCAGCCCCCACUCCCCGCCCCUAGCUAGCACUACGCACCAAAUCCUCAUCCAACCCCCACCCCUACUCCAUGUCCCCAGCCCCCUCCCCUCCCUGCCCCCCUGUCGUUCCCUCUAGCCCUCUCCUACACCGAUGAUGGUGAAUCUGGCAUUUGCUACGCCAAAUCGGAGUGGUUGUCACCGAGUUUGGCAGAUCCAGAAUCGGAGCCCCCAAAACGAGUCGUCAUCUACCCACAAAGCCGGAUUCGGCACUGGCGAAUGCGUCUCCCAUUGAGGACGACAGUUCCAAUGGAGGCAUGUCCAUUGAGGAUGACGGAGGUGGCAGUCGGUUUCUGUUGCAGCCGACAGAGAAGGACAAGGAGAAGAGUUGCGGCAGGGCAGCAGCGGCAGAAGAAUGGAGGCGGCGAAGAAGAAAACGGUACUCGGUCGGUUGGGUAGAGAGGAAGAAGCAGACGAAGAAGAACAAACGAAUGAGAAAUGUCGAAGAGAGAGAGGCGGAAGAGAUGGAUGGGUUUUGUAACUCACUUUUUUGUCAAGAUUUAAGUUAGUCAUAUUUUUGUCAAGUUAAACCCUAGAAGUAAUAUUUUUGGCAUUGUUUCUUGAUUUCUUCUCGAUUUUGGGAAAGCUAGAAAUCUGGUUCUUUGGUGUUUUCCUUUUCUAUUCAUAUGUGUAUGGAAUUCCAAAAUUUGAGUUUUAUUAUCUUUAG